GGGCAACGGGCAACCCUUUUUGGAAGCCAUUCAGUGUUGCCAGGUAUUGAGUCUACGCUGCCGAGAGGAGUUUUUUCGCCACAAAAAUGUCUCGCCCUUACAUAAUCAGAAAUAGUGAAUUUUCGGAUGAUUAGUGGCCAUUUGGGCAGUUCCAGUGCAUAGAAAAAAGUGCCAGUGACCCGUGUGCGUGUGUGACUGGUGCAGAAGGACGACAGAAGGGAGUAGAAGGUGUGAAAAAAGUGGUGUGAGUGGAGCGGGUUCCAUUUGCUCAGAAUCACAAAAAGUGAAAAGAAUCAUGGAGAAUUCGGGCAGCGAUUCACGGGAUGCCCCAAGUGGGUGUGGCAUCGAGGAUUCCGCCACCCCAAUCACCAUUAACAUCUCCACCACGACGGGGGGAAAUUUCACCCAAACCGUCGAGACGCACUACACAGUGGAGAACCUCAAGAAAAUCGUGGCCAAGAAGCUUCGAGUGGCCAAGGACAGGAUUUGUCUGCUCCAUCGUGAAAGGGAACUUCAAGAGGGGACACUCAAAGAGAAUGGAAUUGUGGAUGGAUCGAGAAUAAUUCUAACGCCAAACGUCGAAACGGGAUUGCUGGCUCAGCGUCCAGAGAGUACCGUGAUGCAAGCUUUGGAAUCACUUAAUGAUUCUCAAGUAAAUGAUUUUCUUAGUGGAAAGUCUCCGUUGAAUUUGAAUAUGCGUCUGGGGGAUCACAUGAUGAUAAUCCAGCUACAGCUUAGCACUGUCAAUCCACCAUCUUCGCAGUCAGGAAGUGGUGGCAGUGGGGGUAGUACAAGAUCGCGAAAUUCGCACAAAUCUCGUCAUCAUCAUCAUCAUCACCACCAUCACCAUCAUCAUCACUAUCAUCAUCGAACUUCAGGUGGUAGCGUAGAUCAGGCAGUUGCUACAACUGCAGCAGAUGACGAUGGACAGAGGAGCAAACACUUGUCGCGUGUCCAAACUUCUGACACACUCAACACUACGACUAGUGUGAGUGUGGAGGCAAAUCCAGAGCAAGAGCCAACAUUUAAUGUCACCACAGAUGAUCCAGCUCAUUCAGAGUUGGCAGAAUUGAUGAAGCAGGAGCUGGAUGAUCUCCUAACUAAUAUCCAGGAUCGGGCGGCUGCUACAACGGCUACCCUCAAUGCCACAGAUGAUGAAAACAAUGCAAUUGAAUUGGACCAGUCACCAAUUAAAUCCCUCUCAAAUCUUGUCUCCAGCCCCAUCAUAAGUGUCCCAAUACCAAAUUACGGCAUGUCACAGGAGCUACCGGCUUGUCCGCCGACACCACCGUCUCUCAUGGGCACUGAUCUGGAGCCCCAGCCAUCGACGUCCUCCUAUCCGGAUCCCAUUUCCGCCAAACUAACCAGUUGUCUGUGCAAGAGAUUGGACAGCAACAGCAAUAGCAAUGCAGGAUGUGAUGUAAACUGCCAACAGCAGACGCGAUCAGAGGAGGCUACCAGUCAUGAGGAGGAUAUGAGACCAUCCGCUCCAGUUCCUCCGGAAGACUUUGAGGAGUGUCAAAUUGAAGGAGUGAGCGAGAGUGUUGAGUUGGCAGAGGAAGUGACUGGGGGAAGUAGUGCAAAUGCCAUGACUCAGACAAAGUCUUGGCGCAACAGCUGGAUGCACAAAACGGCCAAUAAUCCCAUUACCAAGAUUAAAAAUAAGAUCUGGAAUGCUGGUCCAGGAGGAACUUCCCUAAGGAGUGUCAUGAGUGACAUUAAGCUCCCAAAGGAAGAUCCAACACCGGAGGCAGAGAAACCUGCGGUAUCUGAAGGAAGUGCUCAGAGUCAAUCGAUAGGACAGACUGAGGACCAGCAACCAGGAACAACAACAACAACAGCUACAACUGAAGUGACAAUUGAGGACCAAGUUCCAAACACCGGAACCACUACCAUCGAUGCCAGAGCCCUCGCGGAGGCGUCACGUAACCUCACGCAGACGCUGAAGAAACUGUCCAAGGAAGUCUUCACCAGCAAAGUGGACUUGGCCGAGAAUAGCUCGAAGAAGAUUGGAACGGGAGCUGUGAUUGAAUCCAUGAAGCAUCAUGGAAAGGGAAUUUAUUCGGGCACAUUUUCCGGUACACUCAAUCCAGCUCUGCAGGAUCGCUAUGGACGUCCCAAGAGGGAUAUCUCGACAAUAAUUCACAUCCUGAAUGAUCUGCUGAGUGCAACGCCUCAGUAUCGCAGAGGUACCAGCAUCAGUGUUGAAGCUGGGAGUUCGUCUUCGUCCAGGACAUCAUCCAGACAGUCUUCAUCUAGACGUCACCACCAUCAACAGUCGGCGGAUAUGUGUUCAAAGUGUUCCAAGACAUCGUCGCGCAAUUGUCCGUAUGGGGAAUGCAGUGGUCACUAUAGCGCCUCUUCGGCUUCCACCUCAGCAUCCUCAGCCGCCGCUGUGGCUCCCAGUGCUGCCAGCGUCACUUCCUGCAAGCAUUCCCGCGAAGACUCCCACCAUCACUCCUGGCCCUGUGGAAGUUCCUCUGGGACAUCAGGAGCCGACGAUGGGAGCAGUGUCGUGACGCCGCAGAGGCCGGAAGAGCCAAUGGACAUGAGUGAAUGCCACACGCCGGCCAAGACGACUGUCAAAUGCUGCUGUCAGAGCACUAUGGCGCCCAUCUGCAGCAAAUGCAGCAGCGUCGAAUUGGAGAAUAACAAGACCAAGGUGAAGUUGGAUCAGCUGAAGUUGGUGAUGCAGCAGAAGAAGGAACGUCGGGAGGCCAGGAAGUUGAAGAAUGCUCCAUACAGUGCCACCAUUCAGGGUGCUUCGGUGACGACAGCAGCCACGGCUCUUGCUCAGUUGGCUACCAAUACAACUGCCGCCGCGGCUGUUGGCUCUGGAGCCGCAGCGGCGACAGCUGGAGCAGCUGGGAACAAUGGAAGUACAGCUGGAACAACUGCAGCGACAUCUGAUGUGCCGCAGAGUCAUAUUGUGGAGGAAGUGGACACAGCUGCGUAAAAUCAUCAAAGUCCAAGUAUGCAAAAUGAAAAAAAAAACACUCCCUUCUAUCGAUUCCCUCCCACAGAAAAAAAAUCGCCCAAUAUUGCUCUGUACUGACAUGUUGGCGCCUUUGUUCUCGGAUUUGUUGGAAAAAUAUUUACAGGUUCGUUACAUUCUCCAUUUUAUUAUUUACAUUUUUCUUUUGAUCUCUUGCAAAAAUUACAUUAUUUAUUUAUUUUUUUUUUGAUUUAGCAUUUUUAAAUAUCUUGAUUAUGUAUUCAAAUAUUUAAGCCACGCCUCUUGUAAAAUUUAAUUUAAUUAUACGAAAGAAUAUUUUAAUAAAGUAAAAAAAUAAAAUAAAAAAUGAAAUUAGCGCAGUUCCUGGUUCAAGUGAAGAUUUAUCAAACUUUUUCAUUAAUCCUUUACUUUUUUCCAUUGAAUUAUUUAAAAGGGGCGUGGCUUAAAUUACUUAUGACUUAUUCCUAGACCAUUCUGGUUCAAUAUAAACAAUUUAUCUAUUUUAUUAAUAUUUUUCCCAAGGCACAAUAACUUUUGUUUGUAAAUAUGUUUUCAAAAUUUCAUAUGAGAGAAAACAAGAAAACAAGAUAACUAGAUCUCUGUUUCAUUCGCUCUCAUUGAAAUGUCAAAAUCAUGUUUACAAAAUAAAAGUUAUGUGCAUUGCGCAUUUUUCCUCAAAAUUGAAACACCGCACUUGCUUUAUGAAUAUUUACAGGAAUUUUUCAAAAUAUAUAUUAAAUAUUACUUGUUUUUCAAAAAACAAAAAAAAAAAAACAAUUUUUUCCUACAGUUCCGAAAAUGAAGGCCCAAUUUUUUCUGCUGUCAGCUCUUCCGAACACUUACAAUUCCUGCUUUUUGGGCUUUUUUUCUUGUAUUUCCCUGAUUAAACUUUCUUUUUUUUAUUUCUGAGAACAGGCUAUCAAUGGCGUUAGAAAUUCAUUGAGCAGCCUUUGAAAUUAUUCAUUGUUGAUUUUUUAUAUUAUUCUCAAUUUGAUUGAAAUGGAAUUUAUUGAUGAAAAUAAUGUGUGUGGAGGAAAGAAAAGAAGCCUUUUGAUUAGUAGUAAAUAUUUAAUGAAUGUAGAUAUUUCCCCUCCUAAAGAAAAAUGGAAACAAAAAAUCCCUAUUGGCGUGUGAGGAAUUGAAAAAUAUCCAAUUGAUUUUUUUACUGCUCUACAGUUGCAUGCAAAAGGUAUCUCAAUAUUGUGUCUUAUCUAUUUGGAAGGCUAUAAAGGUUUUUUUUCAGCACUUUGAGCAUAAUAUUGCUAAGGUACUACGUGGAUUAUUAAUGACGUUGUUUAUUUAAAACGUUGUCAGUCAGAUUACUAGUGCUAGAUUUCAGUAAAAAUAAGCCCCGCCCCUUGCACUUUAAUGCACCGGAGAAAAUCUGUAUCUGUAUCUAAAUAUCUGAUUAGGACAGUACCCUGUUGGAAAAGAAUAGAAAUUAAAGCCCAUUUGGAUAGGAGUAAGGUAAAAAGUGGGCGUGGCCUUCAAAGAGAACCUUUAUCAAAUGUUUCUUCUCUCAUUUUUUUCUAGAAUACUUUUCUAAUUUUCAUAAAUUAUUUUUAUUCCCCAAAAUAUUACAAAAAAAAACAAAGUAAAUUGUUUUUGUCAGAGAAGUCCUAUCCUUAUGAAAAUAAGCCCCGCCCCCUUGUACUUUAAUGCAACGAAGAAAAUAAUUGGACAUGGCAAGUCAAUUCUGUAUUUCCUUAAAUAUCUGAUUAGGACAUUACCCUAUUGAAAAGGGACAGAAAGUAAAGUGCCUCUGGAUUGGAGGUAGAAUAGAAAGUGGGCGUGGCCUCCAAAGAGAACCUUGAUCAAAUGUUUAUACUCUCAUUUUUCUUCUAAAAUACUUUUUUAAUUUUCAUAAAUUAUUUUUAUUCCAAAAAAAUAAUACAAAGAAACAAAGUAAGUUAUUUUUCGCAGGAAAGUCCUAUCCUUAUGAAAAUAAGCCCCGCCCCCUUGUACUUUAAUGCAAUGGAAAAAUAAUUAGACAUAGCAAGUCAAUUCUGUAUUUCCCUAAAUAUCUGAUUAGGACAGUAUCCUAUUGGAAAAGAAUAGAAAUUGAAGCGCAUUUGGAUUGGAGGUAAGGUAGAAAGUGAGCGUGGUCUACAAUAAGAAGCUUGAUCAAAUGUUUCUCCUCUCAUAUAUUUUUUUUCAUUUUUUCUAGAAUACUUUUCUAAUCUUCUUAAAUUAUUUUUAUUCCCCCAAAACGUUACCAAAAAGAAAAAAAAAACAAAAUAAGUUACUUUUGGCUGAAAAGUCCUAUCAUUAUGAAAAUAAGCCCCGCCCCCUUGCACUUUAAUGCAACGGAGAAAUAAUUGGACAUUAUAAUUAAAUUCUGUAUUUCCUUAAAUAUCUGAUUAUGGCAGUACCCUAUUGGAAAGGGACAGUAAGUAAAGCCCCUCUAGGGUAACGUGUGGUAUUUCUGGACAAGGUGUUUUUCUGGACAUAAUAUGGGUAUUUCUGGACACAUCAAAAAACCUAUAAAUAUUUGUUUUCUUAUUAUUUUAAAGUUCUAUAUGAAAUUUUAAGCUCUUUACGUAUCAGACAAACAUAAAACUUCUGAAACACGAGAAUGGGUUGAGAUUAUUUCUUAGUUUUUCCCGUUUUUCCUUUUUUUGAAAGAUAAUUUUGUUCUGUUUUGUCUCCGGCAAACCUUUAAGAUCAGGAACAUUUCAUGAAGUCAAAAUUCGCAUUCGUUUUUCACAUGUUUUGCAUAUGACUAUCUCAUUCUUUCGCAUAUCAAAUUCGAUUAAGUUAAAUUGAAUUUGGUGUGAUGUUUCGAAGAAGAAAAAGAGUGCGAGAGAAUGAGAUAGACAUAUGCAAAGCAUGUUAGAAAGGGAUUCGAAUUUCGACUUCAUGAAAUUUUCUUGAUCUAAAAGAUGUGCCGGAGCCAUUUAAAACGAUAUUUUCGAUUUUGGAUUACAGUAGACUCUCGCUAAUUCGGCUCUUUUAAGAUCGGGCUAUUUUUUAGUUCGGGCAGCAGUUAAAUUUGAAAAAAGAGUUUGUUGACAUUUUUCAAGUUUAAUUAUGAUUAUCGAGUGAAGAAAUUAUGCUCAAAUUUGCCAUGGUUUGUCUUAGUUUUGAUUUGAUUUUGCAAUAUUAAGGGGUUUUCAUGAAAUUUUCCAGGGGGAUGACAUUAGCUCUGAAAAAUGCGACCGGUUUCAGUGUAAUUUUUUCCUGUUUUCAUACACAUUUCACGAGAUGUCUCCAAAACUACGUAGGUUGCCAAUUUAGAGUUUUUUGUUGCCCCUUCGUUAUUAAAUUGGCUUUUAUUUUGUAUUAGUAUUUUUUGCUAAUUCAUUCUACAAUGACAGAAAACAGCUAAUAAACUCAAAAGUUUUUUCGGCACGCUUGAAACAUAUGGGAAACAUAGGAAAUGUCAUGCCCCUGAAAUUUUCUAUAAAUAUAUAAAUCGUUGCAUUUCAAAUAAUUUGUCGCCCGAAUUUCUCUCUAAUUCGGAUGACAUUUUGGUCCCAAAUGCCCGAAUUUGAGAGAGUCUACUGUAUAUGCUAAAAUUUUUUUAUAACAGCUUUCUGGACUUUUUUUUUUGAAAAAAUGAAAAAUAAUUUUUCCAAAACCCCUUUCUCAAAAAUUUUGAGUUUUUUUAUUGAUGAUCAGUAAGAUUGAGUACUCAAUGGGUACCCAUCCCCUUCCGAAUUGAGAUGGAUUGUCCUUAUCCAUAAUGCAAAUCAGUGAAAAUUUCAUAAAAACUGAUUAUAAAACGUUAAAAAAAGUUAAAUAAUUCCAUCGACCGUCUUAUGGAACUUUACCUUUCGUCACAAUUCUUUUGUUUACUUUUUUUUAAUCUCACAGGGGGCGUGGUUUGUUUUGCAAUGGGCGUAUCCUAAUCAUUCCUGAGAUUAAAUUAACCAGGAUGUUUUUUUUAGAAUGCUACUGUACUGUAAGUAUUCAGAAAAAUCAAUUUCUAUUCACUUUUGUUUCUGAGGAAGGCGUGUAUUAAAAUUAUUAAUGGGCGGAGCUUAUUGAGGUGGAUAAACUGACCACUAUUUCCCAGAAAGAAAUAAGUUUCCACAGAGUUAAUCUAACUCUCCGUGUUUCUUUGAAGUUGAUUCGAACUUGAACUUGGGGCGUGGCUUCAAAAUAAAAAAAGGGGUGUGGCCUAAAAUGAUAAUCUGCAAAAUUUUAAAUUUUCCACAAGUAUUCUUCAAUUAAACCUUUCGCCUUUUCAAUGAGAUUGAGGAUUAAGUUGGGCUUAGGACUUUGCGCAUGCAACUGUAUUUGCAAUUAUUCUCAUUAAUACAAAAUAUUAAUAAAAAAAAAUAUUAUAGUAAUCUUGAGAUAACAUGAAUAUUUGCAAAGUAAUUUGAAGUUUUUUAUACCCCGUGAUAACAUAAAAGUUCAAAUUUAUAUUCAAGUGUCUAUUUAGAGGGUAAAAACAUUUUUUAAAUAAAUGAUGAAUGAUAAAAAAAAAACAGAAAUUAAAAUGUAGUUGUGGUUUGUAGGGAAGUGCGCGAACAAAUUAAGGAUGCGAGAAUUAAUUAAAAUGAUUCGUCAAUUGAAUUCAAUUUUUUUUUUAAUUUUAUGAAAUAAAGAAGAAGGAAAAAAUAUACGAAAAUUGAUUUUUCAUUUCUGUGACAAAAGAGAAAAUUAAUAAAAAAUUAAUUUCUCUGAAAAUAAAAAAAAUAUAAAAGAAAUUAUGUAGAAUUAUAAUUUCUUUUUUUCGUAAAUGGAAGAAAAUAAAUUUAAAAAAAAAACAAAAAUGGGGAACAAACAUACAAUUUUAGGUGAGGAAGUAGUGUGCAAUAAAUAUAUUUUUAAUUACACUUUUUUCUAUUAUACUUUUCCUAUUUACUAAUUUUUUUUAAGGAAUUUUAGAAAGGUACUUUUGCUGUUAUUUCUUUGUUUUUUCUUUAUUAACAAACUUUUCGCAUCAUUUUAUCGCUUCUUUUUCAAUAAAUUUAUAUAUUUUUAAAAAAAGAAAGUAAUUCGAGAAUAAAAAUUAAAUUGUUUUCUCAUUUUUAGUUGCGGAAAAAAUUAAUGUAUAAGUUGGAAAUAUUGUAAAUUCAUUUUUGCUCUUUUUUUAUUAUAAUAUUUUUUCACUAUUUUAGUUACUUUUUCUAUAAAAAUGAAAAUAAAAAUGUAAAUUAGUUUUUUUCGCGGCGGUAAAUUCGUGAUUUCUUGUUUCUUCUUAUUUUUUUCAACUAAUAAAUUUAUAUUUAAAAAAAAAAACAUAAAAUUGAAGGUGAAAACGCUUCCUUUUAAGUUGUUGUUUGAUAAGAAAUGAAGAAAAAAUGCGAAUUCAAUGGCAUAAUAUUGAUGUGUAACUUAAUUUUUUUUUAGUAGGUAAUAAAUAAUGUUUCGUUUGUUUAUAUUAGCGAUAAGGACUUUAUGGAGAAAAAAAAUUAGGAGGAUGAGAAUAUUUUAAAAUUAAAUCGAUGGGAAAAGAAUUUUCAUAUUUCACAAUUAAAAAAAAAAACAAA